CAGUUACUUUUAAUCAAUUUUUUUAAUACUUUAAGACAUGAUAAUUCAAUACCAUAGUUUUUCUGUUUUGAUUUUAAGGAAAAGGUGGUAGAAAAAGACACUGAAAUAUUGACAUAAAUCCGUGCACAAAACAAACGACAUGUUUUGUUCCAUGCAUGAAACGCAUUGUAGCUUGGAAGUUUGGCCAGUCUGUUCUGCGGUCUAGAACACUGAUCAAAUUGAAACUUGGAACAUCUUGAAUAUUCUAGAUUUUGGCUGAAACAUAUCCAGAGGGGUUUUAUGGAUGAGCCAGGCAAGGCUGGUGCACAUUUCCCUACCUGCUUUGCAUGGCCUGUGGACCCACUGUUUCCCAAUUUUCCCACUCCUUCCUUUCCCUUGGCUUCCGUUAGCCAUCUACCACACUCCCUCCAUUGCAUUUGAAUUCAAGCACACCAUGCAGCUGGCUGCCCCUCAGUCUUAUGCUGUCCUCUCGCAUAUCACUCCUUAGUGGAGUCCCACCAUCGCUCCUGUUGUGCACGCUGAACCCUCCUGCCCACCCAACCCUCAGUCUUCCUGCAUUUUUGUUUCACUCACCUGUCUUUAAGGGCCAGCAUGCAUUAUAUACCUCAUCACCUCCUGUGACUCCCUUUUUACCACUUUCCCCACUCCAGAAUGCUUUUGCCUGGAAUGUGGAUGUUCUAUUCCUGCACAUUUUGUUCUGGGCAUAGAUUGUCUUGAUAUUCUAGAGAAUUGCAUGGAGCAUUAUGAACUUUCCUAGUUAACAGCUGCUAGAGUUAAGCAUAUUGGGAAGAUUUAUAAAUAAACUUCUUUGUGGAAAAUCAAUACUUGAAAUUUAAGAAUCACAUUAGAUGUGACUGGAAUUGAAUCCAUAUCAGUUAGCCGGUUUUGCUUUCCAUUCUUUAUUUUAUUGGAAUGCUAUUUUUAUGAAACCAAAUUUAUUUCUAGAAUGAUGUAUCAGUCUGUUACUAGUUUAUCUUUGCAGGUGUAUUCAUGGGGUUAUAAUAAUUCAGGACAAAUUGGAUCUGGAUCAACUGCCAAUCAGCCUAUUCCUCGAAGAGUUACUGGCUGCUUACAAAAUAAGAUAGCAAUUAACAUUGCUUGUGGUCAGAUGUGCUCAAUGGCUGUGGUAGAAAAUGGUGAGGUUUAUGUUUGGGGUUAUAAUGGCAAUGGUCAGCUUGGAUUAGGCAAUGGUGGCAAUCAGCCGACACCAUGCAGAAUAGCAGCUUUACAAGGCAUCCAUGUGCAAAGGAUUGCCUGCGGCUAUGCACAUACACUAGUGUUAACAGAUGAAGGCCGUGUCUAUGCCUGGGGAGCCAAUUCUUAUGGCCAGCUGGGAACUGGCACUAGGAGUAACCAGCCAUACCCUGUGCCGGUCACAAUAGAUCAAGACAGAAUUGUUGAGAUUGCGGCAUGUCACUCUACCCACACCUCUGCUGCUAAAACCCAGGGUAGCCAAGUAUACAUGUGGGGUCAGUGCCGGGGACAGUCUGUCACUCUUCCGUUCCUCACCCACUUCUGCUGCACUGAUGAUGUGUUUGCUUGUUUUGCUACUCCUGCAGUGACGUGGCGUCUCCUUUCAAUAGAACCUGACGAUCACUUAACAGUAGCUCAGUCAAUAAAGAAGGAAUUUGAUAACCCAGAUAAUGCUGAUUUGAAGUUUCAAGUAGAUGGAAAAUACAUUUAUGUUCAUAAAGUUCUCCUCAAAAUUAGGUGUGAGCAUUUCCAUUCAAUACUGAACAACAAUAAUGAGGAAAUUAUAGAAAUAAGUGAAUUCUCGUACCCUGUUUACCGAGCAUUUCUGGAAUAUCUUUAUACAGAUAGCAUCAGUCUUCCUCCUGAGGAUGCAAUAGGCCUGUUAGACUUGGCAAGCCUCUAUAGAGAAAACCGACUAAAGAAGCUUUGCCAGCAAACAAUUAAGCAGGGCAUUUCUGAAGAGAAUGCAAUUGCCCUUCUGUCAACUGCAGUCAAGUAUGAAGCAAAGGAGUUAGAGGAAUUUUGCUUCCGGUUUUGCAUCAACCACCUGACUGUCGUUACUCAGUCUCCAGGUUUUGCAGAAAUGGACCAUGACCUCAUGAAGAACUUCAUAAGCAAAGCCAGUCGAGUUGGAGCAUUUAAAAACUGAAGUAAAACCUUUGCCUAAUAAUGAAGAAAGGUAUUUUCAUUACCAUUACUUGUAUCUCUGAAUCUUAAGUGCUGAAAUGAUUUCUACAUAUGAGGAACAUCUCUCGCUUAAGCUAGUGUUAAUGUACUCAGUUUGCAUAUGCAGAGACUAGGCUUCACAAAUUGAGAGGGCAUGCAGCAGGAUUCAUACCGGUACCAAAAACACACACUAGCAACUAACUUUCCUCCAAAUGUUGUUAUUAAGGUUUCUUCUUCAUUAAUAUUCUUUGAAAAACAUGAAACUGUUCUUCGAUAGCCUUAAUUUGCAAACAGGUUAGGUGUGACUUGCUGAAGUUGCAUUAAUACCAUGUAAUAAAGUAAAAAGUAUAACAUCCUAAGUAAAUAUCUAUUGUUUAGUAUCUCUGGUAAAGUAAACUAGGAAAUGAAAACAAUGAAAUGUCAUCCUCAUGUGUGUGGAAUUCUUGUAUUGCUGCUGCAGCAUAAAAAGAAAUUGGCCUUAGUUUAAACAUGGAGAAAAGUAUGUUGUUGCCAUUAGUUGAAGGAAUAAAGCUUUAUUUGUGGUCAGAUAAUUUAAUAAAUAAGCUUUUGGGGCUGAGUAUACCUUUUGGGCCAGAUCUAGGAUCUCAGCAACUGACUCUAAAGCUGUUUCCCCAAGUUAUUGUGAGUCAGAUUCAGAAUUGCUAACUACCUUGAAUAAGCUGUAUCUGAAUUUUCUAAGGAAACUUGUUGUGCCUAGAGAAAACCAACUUCUCAAACUCAAUUCCGAAGAUCUGGUACUCUUAUGCAAGAUGGUUCCAAAAAACAAAGGAACAGACUGCCGCUGCUCUUAAUUAGAAUCCUGUUUACAUUUGUUCUACUUUGCUAGCCCUGAAAUGACAAGGAGCACUUGGACUAUUGUAACAGAAUAGUGCAAGCAUUGCAGCCAGCCUUAGUCACCAGGAUCCCAUGGAGAACUUAAGGUACUAUUCACUGCUGAAAGGCCUGGUUUGAUAAUGGAGUUCAUAAGCACCAAAAGAGCUCAUCAACACAUACCAAUCUAUCAUCCUUUCCUCUGCAGAGCCUUGUGAUUGCUUGAUUAUGUGCCAUCAAGUCAUUUUUGACUCAUAGCAACCACACAGAGGUAGUCCUCGACCUAUGACCAUUUGUUCAGCGACCGUUAGAAGUUAACGAUGGCACUGAAUGAAUAGUGGUUACAAUCAGUCCUGAGAGUUCCAGCUGUCCCAGCACCCCCCCCCCUUGGUCACAUGAUUGUGAUAAUGGGUGCUUGGCAACCCCUUUGCACUUAUGACUGGUUGCCAAGUGCCUCACAAUCAUGUGAUCACCAUUUGCAACCUUCCCUGCCAGCUUCCCCAGAAAGUCAAUGGGGAAGCCCACAGGGAAGGUCACAGGUCACUGGAGUAAGUCCUUCCCACCCACACACCCUACCCCAGCUCCUCUGUGCUCGCCAGCCACUCAUGCUCCCCUGUGCACCCUCAUGGACCCUUCCUGACCCACACACCUCCUCUUGCGCACAUCCUUGCACGCCCUCCCCAACCUGUGCAGCACUCCUCGCGCGCCUCACACACCAUGAUGCACCUCUUGUGCACUGUCUCCAACCUGCGCCACGCCUCUUGCACACCCUCCCUGGCCUGUUGCUAAGUGAUGCAGUCACUGUUUAUGACCACAUCGCUUAGUGAUGGAAAUUCUGGUCCAAAUUGCCAUUGUAAGUCAAGACUACCUGUACAUAGAUGUAGAGCCUCAUAUCCCUCAAAAACUCAAUAUUAAACAGCUGCUCAAAAGUAAAAAAAAGGCUAUGUGGAUGGCCUGGCAUCAAGUGGAUUACUGCAGCAUAGGACAAAAAAUCAGCACUUUUCUGUUGCAUUAUUGCAUGUAACUCAUUGCCGAAGCCACCCAAAGUCAAUUGCCAUAUUCCUGCAGCAGUUUGGGAGGAAUGCCACCGGGCAUUGUGUAAGAAGGAUGAAGAAGCCUCUGUCACAUCCAGUCUGGAUCUGUCUGCUGUGAAGUAGAUUCGCUGGUAAAGCAGCUCAAGCCCAGUAAAGCUCCUGGGGAGGAUUAAAUAACAUCAGAGGUAAUCGGAAACGGCUGGAAAGGGCUGUUUUCUUUGUCCUCCUUGACUGCACUGUGUGUGUGUUCCUAAAGACGGGGUUGGUGGCGGCAGCGGCAGCAAUAAUAAUUCCAAUGUACAAGAGGUAAGAGAAAGCUGCUCCGAAACGGCAAACCUGUAAGUCUGUUAAGCACAGUCAGCAAGUGGUAUGCCAUAGGAACAAUUGGUGGAUUCAGUCUGAUUUUGGCAGAGCAACGUUUUGGCUUUUGAUCAAGCUGUUCUGUAUUACACUCAGAUUAUGUGAUACUCUGCAGGAAGUUGCCACAGUAUCUUGCAGGUUUCCCAGUAAGAAAAUGACAGCAGUUUUUGUUACCAGCAGCUGAGGUUGCUAGCCUAUGAAUAGGACUAUGAGCAUAUGAAAAAUAGGAAAGGGAAAAAAGUGAAAUUUUGGUUGUAAGAAUGUUGUUGGAAAUGGGCAGCAAGACUCCAGUCCACCAGAAAGCAAGCCUCUGAAACCCCACAGCAAUUAUGAAAGUAAUUGUUAGAGACUUAAUAAAAAUAAGACUGUGCUGUGUAA